AUGACAGACAAGCCAGCCUCGCUGUCGACGCAAGCCGCAGUUUCCACCCAGGUCAACCACAUCGCGCCCGCGGGCUCAGCCGGCCCCGACGAUGUCGCCCACAAGAUGGAGGCGCCAGAGGAAGAGCCUUACACGAUCAAGUGUAUCUGCAAUUUCUCUGACGACGACGGAAACACGAUAUACUGCGAGACAUGCGAUACAUGGCAGCACAUUGAUUGCUUCUACCCCGAGAACCGGGAGGAGGCCAUUAGAGAGGACUUCUCCCACUCCUGUGCUGACUGCAAGCCCCGACCGCUGAAUCGCCAAAAGGCGAUUGAGCGCACGUUGCGGCUUAGGUCUUCCAUCAUGGAGCCCGAAAACAUUGAUAAGAAAGCCAAGCGACCCCCUUCCAAAAGCCACAAGAAGAAAACCAAGCCCAGUGACUUUCCUGUUAAUGGAAUCCACGGGGCUCCAGAAGGUGGGAAGCACGGUCACAGUGGCGACCACCACCACCCUUCCAAGAAAUCAAAAACCUCUCACCGACCCUCCCUGUCCGUGAGCUCCCAGCCUUCGAAGCGAAGUCCUUCGUAUGGGAACAACCGGGCGAAUCCCACGCACCCCCCGAGUCCCGCCACGACUCCCCCCGACCUGCCUGACGACUUCCAGAUCCACCACUACUCCGAGGGCUUCUGCUCCAUGUACAAUGACGUGCCUGACACACGCACCAACAAGUUUGUCAGCCUCGCCAUUCCCGGCGCCUUGAUAAGAUGGGUAGAAUCGUCGUCUGCUCUGGAAAAGGAAGUCGGCCGAACGCCCUCGGAGGUCUUCCAAGAAGCCGUGCCUGCACUUGAGAGAAAACGACCCAAGCUGGAGAUCAAGGACGCCACCCAGUUGCUGGACAAUGGCACCACCCUGCGCUGGCGCUCUCUCAAGUCGACAUCGCCGAUUGAAAAGGACGUGCCUCUUAUUGAGUUGAAUGGCGAGAUUGGCUUCCAGAAGGACUACUGCGCCGACAUUGACAACCUGUGGGCUGACCUCUCGUCCCCCCUCCCCUUCGUCUUCUUCCAUCCUAUCCUGCCACUCUACAUCGACACGCGCAAGGAGGGCUCUCUGGCCCGCUAUGUCCGGAGGAGCUGCAAGCCCAAUGCUCAAUUGGACACGUUUCUGACGAACAAGUCGGACUACCACUUUUGGCUCGUCAGCGACCGAGCUAUCCCUCCUAGCGAGCAAAUUACUCUGCCGUGGGAUUUCCGUCUGGAGAAGAGCGUCUGCCAGCGCUGGCUACACCUGCUGGGCCUCAGCGACGAUGACGGCGCAGCGCAAGACGAGUUUGAGCUCGACGAGUCGGAGUACACGGCCAUCUCCAACUGGAUCGACCGGAUACUGUCAGAGUAUGGAGGCUGUGCGUGUGAUCUGGAUAAUAACUGCGCCUUUGCACGUUUUCAUCGACACUAUCUGUACGGCAGGAGCCAAUCGCGCGGCAACAAGAAGCGGCCGCGCAAGACAAAGGCUCACACCAUCUCGCCCAGUAGCACUGGCCAUGCUACCAACAGCCGUGCCGCUAGCGAGGGUCACAUCGACGAGCGUGCCGAGGAACGUGGAAAGCGAGACGACUCGGUGCCAGCGCGGAGCAAGCCCUCUAGCAGAGAUCGAACCCCGCUGCGCCAGGGCUCCUUUGACCAGCUAGGGAUAUUGACCGAGCCUACAGAUCGUGACAAGCGCAAAGUAGCCAUGGUCGAGGACUCUUUUCGGCGUAUGGAGCAAGAGCAGCAGCAGCCGCCGAGGAAGAAGAAGAGGGUAUCAGACGGGACAACGACGUCAACAUCCUCCAAGUCAAAGUCCCGAACAGGCUCCACGCCUCACAUUGGCAGCUAUGCCGAUGCCAGCACCACCUCUCGGAGCAAGACUGGCUCGCCGGCUGGCUCCGUCUCACCAAAUCUCGGAAACCACACCAAGCCUGCGGCAUCCCACCGAGGUUCAGCAGAUGUACAAUCGCCACCCAGGCAAUCUUCGGCGCCACCACGAACCGCUUACCGCGACAUGGGCAUUCAGACGGAUCCCGUUGACGACGAGUGGUUCAGCCAGCCGUCGGCUCUUCCUUGUCGCAAGAAGAGAAUCAUCUCGCUCUCCCAACGGCUCCUCAACAAUCGCUUCAAAGCGCGCGCCGAGGUGGACCGCAAACGACUGUCCGUUUCCGCUUCCUCACGGCCCUCAACAGCGGACGCCAUGGACGUUGACGCAGCGGAGGACGAUGAGAAAUCCGACCUGCCAAAAGCCGAAGCGGAAGUUCAGCAGCCGCCGUCUUCUCCUCCCCCUCUCACCUCUUCACCUCACCCUCCGAAACAAGACGGAGAUAUACAAGUGCCCGACGCACUUCCUGCUCCUUCUUCAGAAGCACCCAUUCCUUCAAGCGAGACGACUUCGGCUCUCGAGAAGCCCAAGGGUCUAGAGCUGCGGGUUCAAUUGCCCACGAUACCUGCGCUCGAUCCGACGGCUACUACCCCAUCCGCGACAGCGACCACGCCUCUGUCUGCAAGCAGUUCCACCGCGCAAUCGGCAAUCAUCUCCAGCAUCUCAGCCGCCAACGGAGUAGUGGCGACUCCAAGCCCGAUCAAGAAGAAACUGAGCCUGAGCGACUACACCAAGAGCAGAAUGAACAAGGCGGCGGUAAAGCCGUCGCUGAGCCUCAUAUCCACAAAGCCCAGCCUUGCAGAGGCAGAUGAGAUCAAGGUGGAGAACGCAUCAGAGUCGGCGACGACGGAGAAAGCCGAGAGCGCAGUGGCUCCUUCCACCAACGGCCACUCAUGA